UUUUAGGAGAUAGAAUGUCCGAAGGCAAACAAAGAUGGCCGCUUACAGUAAGUUGACGGCGAGAAACUCGGCUGUCGCAACAGCGGGGUUAGCGGUCGCAUAUUUUGCAUACAGAAACUAUCUGGCAAAGAAAAGGAAAAGAUCACCCAAGGAAGAAAUUAAAGUAGUGAUACAUGAGUCUGGGAGUUCAAAGAAGGAACGAGCUGCUGUAGACUCAGUUUUCUUCAAGAGAUUAGUAAGAAUUUUGAAAAUUCUCAUUCCGGGCUGGUUUGUGUCAGAGUCAUGGUAUCUAUUGCUGGUAGCCCUCUCUUUGAUCAGCAGAACAUACGCAGAUGUGUGGAUGAUUCAGAAUGGAACUGCCAUAGAAAGUGCAAUCAUUGGCAGAAACAUGUCGUUGUUUAAAGUCCAUUUGUUCAAGUUCAUCUAUGCAAUGCCUGCGAUCUCUAUCAUAAACAACUGUUUGAAGUAUGGAUUAAAUGAGCUGAAGCUUAGGUUCCGCAUUCGCCUCACAAAGCACCUGUAUGACAGGUAUCUCAGGGGUUUCACAUACUACAAAAUGAAUAACCUUGACAACCGGAUUGCCAAUGCCGACCAGUUAUUGACUCAGGAUGUGGACAAGUUCUGUGACUCAGUGGCUGAGCUGUACUCGAAUCUCAGCAAGCCACUGUUAGAUGUUGUUCUGUACACAGCCAAGUUAACAGGAAGCAUUGGAGCUCAGGGGCCAGCCAUUAUGUUGGGUUAUCUGGUUGUUUCUGGUUUGAUACUGACGAGGGUUCGCCGACCAAUAGGAAAGUUGACGGUACAGGAACAAAAACUAGAAGGAGAGUACCGAUAUGUGAACUCACGACUCAUCACAAACAGUGAAGAGAUUGCCUUCUAUCAGGGAAAUCGGCGAGAACAAACCAUAAUACUAGCUACAUUUGAGAAACUGGUGGCACAUUUGAAAGAUUUCAUAUUUUUCCGAAUGCAAAUGGGAUUUGUAGACAAUAUCAUUGCCAAGUACAUUGCCACUGUGUUUGGUUACCUGGUGGUCAGUCGACCCUUUCUGGACCUAGCUCAUCCCCGCCAUCUCAGCAGCUCACACAGCGAGAGAUUAGAGGACUACUACAAGAGUGGCCGUAUGCUGGUGAGAAUGGCUGAGGCUAUCGGUAGAAUUGUGUUGGCAGGACGAGAGAUGACCAGGCUGGCCGGGUUUACUGCUCGCAUUACGGAACUGAUCAAGGUUCUAGACGACAUUAACAGAGGACAUUAUGAGAGGACCAUGGUGUCAGAUCAGAAUGGAGGAAAAGACAAAGUUUCCAAUAAUCUCAAGCCAGGGGAAGGGAAAAUCAUUAUCAAAGACCAUAUCAUUAGAUUUGACAAAGUGCCAUUAGUGACUCCAAAUGGGGAUGUUCUUCUACAGGAGAUGAACUUUGAGGUCAAAUCAGGGAAGAAUGUGUUAGUUUGUGGACCAAAUGGAUGUGGGAAAAGUUCUCUAUUCAGAAUUUUAGGAGAGCUAUGGCCUUUGUUUGGAGGGACUAUGACAAAACCAGAGAAAGGAAAGCUGUUCUAUGUACCACAGAGACCUUAUAUGACAGUGGGCACUUUAAGAGAUCAAGUUAUUUAUCCUGAUUCUCACGAGGAACAAAUCAGGAAAGGAACUAAAGACUCCGACCUAGUGGACAUUCUCAGCAAGGUUCAGUUGGAGUACAUUCUGGAGAGAGAGGGGGGAUGGAAUGCUGUCCAGGAUUGGAUGGAUGUUCUCAGUGGAGGAGAAAAACAACGAAUUGCUAUGGCUCGUCUGUUUUAUCACCGCCCUCAGUUUGCCAUUCUUGACGAGUGUACAAGUGCCGUCAGUGUAGAUGUUGAAGGUUACAUGUAUCAGUACUGUAAAGAGGUGGGCAUUACCUUAUUCACCGUUUCACACAGGAAAUCUCUGUGGAAACACCAUGAGUACUACCUGAAAAUGGACGGCAGAGGAACCUACGAAUUUGGAGAUAUUACUUCAGAGACCACUGAAUUCGGAUCUUGAUGUUACCUAGCAACUGUGAUAGAAAAAAAAUUUCUAAUAAACUUUGUUUUAUACUGUUUUAUUUAUGAAAAGAAUAUAUCUAAUAUCAUGUUUAAACUGACAUUUUAGUUCUCUUUUAACCCGAUGAGAUUUCAUGUUCAAUGCACAUGAAAUCAAUACACAGCCAUACUUUAAUUCAUAUCCAUACUGUGUCGAUUUGUAAAUAGCAAUUCUUUGGUUUAUACUUGUUCACUAAUUAUUAAUCAUGUUUAGGCUCACAUGAAUAAAUCAUAUGUUUUAUGUCAACUGCAUGAACAAUUUUUGUUUUUAAAGUUGGGCAAAUAAAAAUCGAAACAAAUAGUAAAUUUUGAAAAUUGAAAUAAAAAUCAAAUCUUCCUAUUACUGGUAGUUUUUACAGAUUUGAGGAAAGGAAACAAAAAGUAAAUUUUUAACUUUAUUAUCUUUUUAGUUUUCACAGUUUUGGUAAUGCUUAUUAUACAGGAUUUAUAAAGCACCAAAUAUAGUGUUAAAUUACUCGAAAGGGCUGUACAGGAUUAUAUUUUUAAAAUGUACAGGUAAAUGACAUAACUUUAAAAAUGUAUGAAAUAUAUCAAUUAAUACCUUUGAAUGAAAAACAAUUAAAAUUAACAAUGUUAAGACAUGUGAACGUAUAAUUUGCAUGAAAAACGAAUUCAACACACAACUUUUUACAUCUUUUGUUUGCUUGUGGCAAUUUUGUAUGUUUUUUUUUUUACACACACACACACCACCACUUCCUCAUAUAGUUUUUACAACAAAAAUCCCUGACGUAAAACAUAGAAUUUAAUUUGUUUGACCAUAUUAAAGAAUUUUCUGAUAUUCAUAUUUUUAAGAUAAAUCAUGUUUAAGAUUGACAGUCUUUACAUAAUGGUACUUAGAAACAUCUUGAUUAAAAAGCAAAUAAUUAUCAUAUCUUCAGAUCAGAAAGUGAGCAAGUAUGCUGAGAAAAUGUGUAUAUGAAAUGGAUAUAUGUUUCAGAGAAUAUGCAAUAAUUUGCAUAAUAUAUUAAAUUUGUGGUUGUUGUUUUUUGUGUUAACAGACAGUCCAUGUUUCACAGUGUUUGCAACACUAAAUAAACCAGAUCAAUCAA